AUGAAGGAAAUAGACCUGCUCCCAGACUCCAUCCUGAACAACAGAGCGUCAGCUGGAGACAAGAAUAGGCAGCGGUUCCGGAACCAAACUGCUACUCUGCUGUGCCCGGAAGGCCUCCAGAUGAGCCUCUUGCCUCCGGACUAUACAGAUGAAACAUGUGCCUCAUUCACCAAACUGAGCCUUCACAGUGCCGUGGUUGGGACCGGGCUAGAGGUGAGGCUGCUGCUCUACACGGGGAUCAACAAGGACUGUGCACAAAUCAUCAACUCUACAUUUCUGGGGAACUUGAAAGUCACCAAGAAAACCACCUUCAUCAUCCAUGGGUUCAGGCCCACAGGCUCCCCUCCAGUGUGGAUGGAUGAUUUAGUCCAAGCGUUGCUCUUGGUCAAAGACAUGAAUGUGAUCGUGGUGGACUGGAACCGAGGUGCCACCACUGUCGUAUAUAACCAUGCCUCAGGGAAGACCAGGAAGGUGGCAGAGAUCCUGAAGACCUUCAUUGACCGGAUGCUGGAAGAAGGUGCUUCCCUUGAUGACGUUUACAUGAUUGGAGUAAGCCUCGGUGCCCACAUCGCUGGGUUUGUUGGAAAGAUGUACAGUGGGCAGCUGGGGAGAAUCACAGGCCUGGACCCUGCGGGCCCUUUAUACAACGGGAAGCCUCCGGAGGACAGAUUAGAUCCUGGGGAUGCUCACUUCGUCGACGUCAUCCAUUCCGACAUUGAUGCUCUGGGCUACAAAGAACCUUUAGGAAACAUAGACUUUUACCCAAAUGGAGGAACAGAUCAACCCGGUUGUCCCAAAACAAUAUUUAGCGGUGCACAAUAUUUUAAGUGUGAUCACCAGAGGUCUGUCUUCCUGUACCUUUCAUCCCUGAGAGAGAACUGCAAUGUCACCGCCUACCCCUGUGACUCCUACCGGGAUUAUAAGAAUGGCAAAUGCAUCACAUGUGGCCUGCCUUACUUGAGGCCCUGCCCGCUGCUGGGCUAUUAUGCUGAUACUUGGAAGGACUAUUUAUGGGAGAAAGAUCCUCCUAUGACGAAAGCAUUCUUUGACACCGAUGAGAAGCAGCCGUUCUGUGUAUAUCAUUACUUUGUGGAUAUUUUGACUUGGAACAAGAACAUAAGAAAAGGUUACAUCACCAUCAAACUGACAGACAAAGCCGGGAGCACCACAGUAUCCAAAAUCAAGCAUGAACCCACAACCUUUCAGAAAUACCACCAAGUGAGCAUGCUUGCAAGAUUUAAUCAAGAUCUGGAGAAAGUGGCAAACAUCUCCUUGAUAUUCUCUACAGGGUCUACCAUAGGCCCAAAGUACAAACUUCGGAUUAUUCGAAUGAAAUUACGAUCACUUGUUCAUCCUGACAGGCCUCACUUGUGUCGAUACGAUGUAGUGCUGUUGGAAAACGUGGAAACGUUCUUCAACCCUGUUUCUUGCCCAAAGUUGCUGCUGCAGCUGUGA